UACACGCUACUCUUCGCUCCUAGCACGUACCCAAAAUGGCCCGCACCAAGCAGACUGCCCGCAAGUCCACCGGCGGCAAGGCGCCCCGCAAGCAGCUGGCCACCAAGGCCGCUCGCAAGACCCCCGCCACCGGCGGUGUGAAGAAGCCCCAUCGCUACCGCCCCGGUACCGUGGCGCUGCGCGAGAUCCGCAAGUACCAGAAGUCCACUGAGCUGCUGAUCCGCAAGCUGCCGUUCCAGCGCCUGGUGCGUGAGAUCGCCCAGGACUUCAAGACCGACCUGCGCUUCCAGAGCCAGGCCGUGCUGGCGCUGCAGGAGGCCGCCGAGGCCUACCUGGUGGGCCUGUUCGAGGACACCAACCUGUGCGCCAUCCACGCCAAGCGUGUGACCAUCAUGCCCAAGGACAUCCAGCUGGCCCGCCGCAUCCGUGGCGAGCGCGCGUAAGCGUGCUGCCGCCUGGGCUGCUCUUGUCCCCAAAAAAACUCGGUGUUUCUCAACACCACCUUCAAAAGCAACGGUGUCAGUUUCUGCCAAUGGGACUAGGCUUGGUGAUCAGGAGUAGCGAGUGUAUGGGUGACUUCAGUGGCGGGUAAAUGGGAUGACUACGGUCGUGUGUGACAGUGACGGCGCGGUGUGUAACCUUCCCCGCCACAUGUAAUCCCACUGUUUC